AUGAAGUCAGUUUCAACUCAAACCACAAGUGAAUUAGAGAAGACUACUGUAGUUGAAAAAGUUGAAGUAGUUGAAGUAGUUGAAGAAGUACAAAUAAAGAAGACUACACAUAAAAAUUAUUCAACAAGAUAUGAAAAUGAUAUAGAAAUUCGUAAUGCCUUAAAGGAAUUCUUAUUAUAUUUACUUUUCCUGAUUGUUGCACUUAUUGUGGCAUCAUCAGUCAAUCAUAAAUAUAUGUUUUAUUUAUAUAAGACAAUAGAAAAUCUAUUCAUAAUCACUCCAGAAUACUAUGAUUUAGUUACAAUAGCAGAAUGGUGGUUAUAUGCUGAAAAUGGAUUUGCACCCGCGCUCUUGGGUGAUAAUAAUGGUAAUGACGUAAUAAAUGAACGAUAUUUUCUUGAAGAAAAUAUAUUAUUGGGGGCACCACGAUUAAGGCAAAUCCGUGUUAAAAGUGAUUCGUGUCAUAUACCAGAUGCUUUCAAAAGAUAUUUUAGUGAUUGCUAUGCACAGUAUCAUGAAACAACAGAAGAAAAGGAGGCAGAUUUUCAAGGAUCAAAGUUUUACACAUUGGAUGAGUUGAAUGAUCGACCGAUAUGGGCUAAGUAUGCCACUUAUUAUGGUGCAGGUUAUGUUCAAGAAUUAGAUUACAAUAUGAAUGCUACGAUAGAUACACUAGAGUCACUUAAAGAGGAAAAAUGGAUUGAUCGUGCUACACGUGUUGUAGUUUUAGAGUUUGGCUUGUACAAUGCAAAUGGAGAUUUUUUCACUAACGUUAAAAUAAUUGCAGAGACACCUAUUUCGGGUGGUAUAAUAACAAGCAAGAGGUUGGAGUCAUUCAAUACACAUGAAAUAUGGACUGACGACGACUAUCUUCUAAUAAUCUGCGCUAUUAUCUUCUACAUAAUGAUUGUUUUCUACACAACACAAGCAGUAAGGGAAUGGCGUCUCGUUGGUUGGCGCAAUUACUUCAGUUCUUUAUGGAAUAUUGUGGAUGUACUAAUACUAACUAUGGCAUAUUUAGCAUUUGUGUAUCAAAUUAUUCACAUAUUCCUUGUAAAAGCCUUGCUCAAACGAGUGACAGAAGACGAGGAUGGCUUUCAUAGCUUGGAUAAUAUAUGCUUCUGGAGCUCUUUGUAUGCAGACUUGUUGGCAGUUUGUGCAUUUUUUAUAUGCAUUAAAGUUUUCAAAUAUAUUAGUUUUAACAAAACAUUGCUACAGUUCAGUACAACUCUACAAAGGUGUGCCAAGGACUUGCUGGGUUUUGGUUUAAUGUUUUUAAUUGUAUUUUUGGCUUAUGCACAACUGGGGCUUUUGCUUUUCGGCGCUUAUAACUAUGACUUCUGUACUUUUUGGGAAUCAUUGAUUACACUACUACGUAUGAUACUUGGAGAUUUUGAUUAUGCAGGCAUUGAAAGUGCUAAUCGUAUAUUAGGACCACUAUACUUUUUAUCUUAUAUAUUGUUAGUGUUCUUUAUUUUGUUGAAUAUGUUCUUGGCUAUCAUCAAUGACACCUACAGUGCAGUGAAAGAAGAAAUUACUGCGGGUAAAAAUGAGGUCAUCGUAUAUUUGAAGAAAAUAUUUAAAAAAGUAUUUGAAAGAAUAAUAAAGCGUCGUAAAAAGGAAGAUCGUGAUCUUAAAAAUGUAGAAGCACCAGCUGAAAAGGGCAGCGAAACAACACUUUAUCCUAGAACUUCACUAACAACAACUAGAUCAGCAAAAAGCAGCGAUCCAGAAGUAAUUUAUGUAACUGAAAGUGAAGUGAUAAGAGACUACUUUGAAGUAUAUGAACCACCUGCGAAUCGUUUACAACUAAAUAGUUUGUCUGAUCGAGUAACAUUGUUGGAAAAAAUUUUAGAAGGUUUAAUAGUGAACUUGGAUACGAUAAUAAAAAAAGUUGAUGCUAAGAAACGAAGGGAUAAGAAAAAUGCAUAAGUUUAGGGAAACUAACUCUUUUA